AUACAGAUUUUUUCCAAUUUUCAAUCUGACUCCGACGGGAAUGAAAAUGUUUUCAUGUGAGACUCUAGAAUGGAUCCUGUUGUCUAAUUGGCUGACCGUUUGAAUUUUGUUGGUACAGAUGUCUUUCGCUAGCUGAUAUCAGUUUGGUAUAAAAAAAAAUUAUUACUCUCGUUAUGGUGGUAGACCAUGAUUUAUCCUACUUGUGAAAUUGCCAGUUGUAAUCACUCGUUGAAACUCGUGAUUACAACCCAAAAAUUUUACUCGUAGGAUAAAUCAUGAUCUACUACCACAACUCAAGUAAUAAAUUAUCUUACCUUACUUACAGUCCGAUCCUCACAUUGAAAAGAAUAAUAAUAUUAUGUGAUGGAGAAAGAUCUACGACCUCGGCAAAAAUAGAAAAAAGACGACUUCAGAAAAACAAUGUGGCAUUGAUCUCGGGGACUUCUCGAUCUGAACCGUCGAAUUAUAAUAGAACUUCCUGAGAUUAUAAACCAAAGGACCCACCCAGUAGUUAUCUUAGACUAUAUUAAUCACAGGGCAAAGUCAGACACAGAGCCAUAAAACCUCUACUAAAACUAAACUAAAAAGACACAGGGCCGUCUAUAUAAGCGAGGAACAAAGGUCCAAGUUGAUCUACCACCCACAAGCUGGGGGUUUCACUUUGACCGUAAGGCCACAAGACGUUAAAAUCAAGAAGAAAAAAAAGUGGAAAUGGAAACUUCCAGUCGUGAUUACGACGAGAACUGUCAAAGUCCGACAAUGCCCUUGCAGUCACCAGUGUCGCAGCUCUCAUCAACUAUAAUCCGUGUUUACUUGCUAGGUCCUUUGUCUCUGUUUGGAGUUGUCGCCAACCUCAUCAAUAUCAUCGUAUUUUCGAGAAUGAAUAAACGACUGACGGUAAACAUCAGCCUUUUAGCGCUAGCUGUAUCGGACUGCCUGGGGCUGUUGGGAACACUGUGGACGUCCAUCUGUCUCCACCCCCUGGUGCUCAAGUCCAACAACUUACCCUUUAUACCGGAGGAAAUCGAGUUUGUCACAGGGACCUGGAUACAUUUAGUCUUCAUCAACAUCACCAAAAGUUUGACCUUCAUUAUCUGCGCUGAGCGUUGUCUGUGUAUUCUGUUGCCGAUGAAAGUGAAGAUCCUUAUCACGGUUCGGAGAAUCAAAGUUAUCAUUUGUUUUCUUUUCUUGUGGGGAGUUGCUAGUCAGUACAUCAUGCUACACACAACUCGAGUGGUUUGGAAAUUCUCUGAAGAAAGAAAUGCGACUUUGCUCGGCACAAAACUAAUGGAAAAUUGGGGGAAAAUACAACUGCCGUUCCUCGUAGUCAAAAACAUAGUGAGUCAUUACAUUAUUUCCUUUGGCAUUGCGAUCAUGACUGUAAUAAAUGUGGUCAAGCUGAGACUCCAGUCGAAAUGGCGACAGUCAGUAUCUCAAACCAGGACCAGCGCCACCAUUACCAGGCGCGACUCGCGAGUUGCCUCUACAGUCAUCGCCAUCUGCGUCAUUUUUCUCCUUUGUUUUUUACCUGGGUCUGUCAUGUUCACAGCCACUCUCACAGUGCCCGGGCUGAACCGCGUGGGGAGACACCGAGAGAUGUUUGAAGGGUUUGUGUCAGUUUUGAUCCUUUUGCAGAAUGUUAACUCAUCUGUCAACAUCUUUGUUUACUUUAUAAUCAAUGCACAGUACAGGCAAGAAUUUGCCCAGCUGUGUGGGCGUUGUCGCAAGCGGAAUCCACCGUAAAGAAUCAUUGGAUAUUUUU